AUGCAGCCGCUUAUGGCUUACCCUGGCUUCUUUCGCUUGACUGCUGCGGCGCGGGUGGCGCUCGUGGCGUUGUGUCUUGCUCUCGCCUUCCUGAGUGUGGCCGCUGUUGCUGCGCCUACCUUCUCCGCAUCGGCCACAGCCCAGCAGUAUAGGGACAGGCGCGUCGCGCACUUGCGCGCUGCUUUGCUCGACAAGGCACCGUAUCAUGUAGGGGCCCUACCCGAUCCACCGCUGGAGUGGGGCCUUCAUACGGCGUGCAAAAAGUUCGGCCGUGGCUGCCCGGACACCUACGUACAGUUUCUCGAGGAGCUCGUAGCCUUACUAGAGGGUGAGGUCGCCGAUGGAGACGGUUGCGACGUCGCAGGCGCGGUCGCAGCGAAGAGGAAAGGGGCGGAGCAUGCGACAUGCCAGGCUCAACCGGAGCUGGGCAGUAUCGCGGUGACACGAGUCGCGUCUGUUGUUGAGGCCCCCGAGCGGUGCAUCAACGGCGUGGACGACGGCGUUGCCGACGCUGCUGUCUCUCUUGCCGCACUCCUGCCGUGCGAUCUUCGACUUCCGCUGCAGUUGUCGUGGCUGUACGAGGCGCGGAAGCGUCUUGAGAACCUGCUCCAUCUCCUUGCCAUUCGCGAGUCUGAGCUCCGCAGAGACGGUGUCGCGCCGGCGCCGUUGCAGCGACUCUACCAUGUACCAUCUGCCGAGCACAUUCACUUGGUGGAGGACCUAGACGGCGCCGUAACGGCGCGGCUGCACACCGCUUGCGCUAUCGGCUCAGCGUCGUCGUCGGCGCCCCUGCCAGCGGGGUGGACGCUGCAGAAGUGGGAAGACGUGUACGGCUUGUGGUGUCGACAUGUCGAGCAACAGCAUCGAAAUCGACGAGAUGAUAGCUUGGGCGCAACUAGCGUGAUAGCAGCAUCUCCCUCCAGCUUGGUGCCUCUUCCUCGCAAGGCGUGGUAUUGCGUUGCACUCCACCACGCUACGCUGUACCUGCAGUUGCUCGUGCGCGCAGAUCAGCUUCUCGCCUGGGCUUGGGACUGGACCUUUUACACCGCAGUACCGAGCGCGUUUCUGGUGUGCGUUCUUCUCUGGCUCUGCGUGGGAGAUGCAUGGACAGAAGCGGCUGAGGCCUUUGUGGUGAAUGCGUCCGCGGUUACAGCUGAUGCCGCAGGGCAAGGCGACGGUGUGGUGAAGGAGGCUAGUGCGAGUAGGGACACCACACCUAGCGCAACACCGCACGAGUGUCGGCCGCCCUCGGCGACCACAGGAUCUCCCUCGACUCUGACCGCGAGCUCUGCCGUGCGUGGGGGCGAAGCAGCGCCGUCGCUGUCCCCCAUGGCGUCUGUCGCCCUCGCAGAGGGGCGGCGUGACACCCCGCUGGCAGGGUACGGCGCGGUGCCCGCCUCGGAGCAUUGCCCCCAUCAACACCAAGGACAGCUGGAAGGGCAGCAGCAGCGUCGCGCUGCUCUGCUACGCCGGCGUUUUGCCGUAUCUGCUCUCCAUCGCUCCCCGACACUCUUUCUUCUCAAGUUACGGCUGCUCCUGUGCCUCCUUGUGGCGGGUCAACUGCUGUGGAGCCUGUGGCGUGUCUUGGCUGCCAGCUAUGACGUGACCGCCUCAGCUGCCCCGCUCGUGCAGUUCUUUCUCCCGUCCUGGCUGCUGGUGUGCCUGAGCGCGUAUCUCGUUGUGCCACUGCAGAUGAUGGUGCUGGGGACAGCGUUGAAGGGCGCCCUAAACGCGCACGAAGAACUACUGUCUUUCCAAGCCAAGUGCGCAGCUGAGCAGCGUGCUCUUCUGAACGCUGCUGGCGUGCUUCCAUUGGGUGGCUGA